AAACUUGACUUGUGAUUAUGAUUCAACUUUAUCCUGAAAGAAUAUAGUUGAUACAGGUUAUCAAAGAUGGACGGACAACAGGUGUAUGUGACGGGUGCCGACGGCGAGCAAAUGGUUCUAUCCGGACCCGAGGCAGCAGCUCUUCUCGCUCAAGCAGGGAUUAAUAUAGGAGAUAAUAAUCAGGUUCUGAUGAAUGAGAAUGAGGAGGAAGGAGGAAUUCUACAGCAGCAGGAAGAGGAAGGAAUUAUUCAGGUCCCUGAAGGAAGUACAGUUCAGGAGGAUGGAAGUAUAGUAGCUGCAGACGGAACUAUCCUAGCUCCCCCUGGUUCAGUUGUUACUGGAGAGGACGGAUCUCUCAUCAUGACCCAGGACGCAUCACUUCUGAUGCAGGAGAGCGUGUUGGCCGGGGAGGGAGGAUACCAGCUGAUGCAUGAUCAGGAGGGUAUUGAUGGUGAAGAUGGUGAUCAGCAUAUCUAUGCUACACCUGAUGGACAGUUUGUCACAGCUAGUGGACAGCUGGUUAAUCAACAUGGACAAUUGAUCAACGCUGAAGGACAACUUGUGACCUCUGAAGGACAGAUUAUUAAUUCAGAUGGACAGUUAAUGACGUCAGAAGGUCAAAUAGUAACGUCAGAAGGACAGAUUGUUUCGCCUGAACAAAUGGUAACGUCGGAGGGACAUAUGGUUACUUCUGAAGGAGAACUUUUGACCACAGGGGGACAGCUAGUGAACUCAGAAGGACAACUUGUAACAUCCGAAGGACAUCUUGUGACGUCUGUAGGACAGCUUGUGACGUCCGAAGGACAGCUUGUAACCUCUGAAGGGCAGCUUGUAACGUCCGGAGGACAGUUAGUGACAUCUGAAGGACAGUUGGUGACAUCCGAAGGACAGUUGGUGACGUCCGAAGGACAACUUGUCACAUCCGAAGGACAACUCGUCACAUCCGAAGGACAAUUGAUGACAUCCGAUGGACAGCUUGUCACGUCCGAAGGACAACUGGUAACACCAGAAUCACAUUUGGUAACAUCUGAGGGACAGCUUGUAAAAUCUGAAUGUGUUUCUAUCCCAACUACCGGUCAAUUAAUGACCUCUGAUGGUAAUGUUCUUACGGAAAGAAACGGAGAGUAUGUAACCGCUGACGGUCAAAUCUACACCAGUGAACAAUUACUAGGCUCUGGAGAUAAUCAACUCUACUCUAAAGAUGCUGGUGGUGCACUACCAACAGUUGAACAGUUGAAACUUGAAGGUGUGUCCGGUAUUGAAGUUGAAGGGGAGAAGGGUGUGCAGGAGGAGGAACAUAUUCUCUCAACCUGCGACCAGACCGCAUUCUCCACCUAUGGGAGUAUCGCUGCUCCGGGUCAGACGGUUUAUACAACAACAGACGGAACUAUUGUGUCUGCUCCAGAAGGGACAAUCAUGGCAAACGCCGACGGGAAUUUAGUAACCGCCGACGGUACUCUGUUGACAAGCGAAGAUGGAAGACCGGUUAGCAUCGCCAACGGCAGUAUUUUGCCGACAACUGACGCCGGACUGACCUCAGGAAUUUAUGUCAGCGAGUCGUUGACUGAACCUGCGACUCUGGCAAUGCCGGAGGGAGGUAUAAUGGUUUCCGCUGUCGGAGGAACUAUUAUGACCACUUCAAACACAACCAUGAUGUCCUCAUCGGAGUCCCACUUUCCUUCAGGAUUACUGACCUCCGAGGACGGUGUUCUGAAUGCCCCGGAGGGAAGCAUGAUUACAGAGGACGGAAGCCUAGUUGCUGCUGACGGCACUGUCCUUGCGCCUCCUGGGAGCAUCAUGACAGAGGAUGAGCAGCAGCAUGAGCAGCCGCAGGAGCAGCAAACACCAACUCCUUCAGGGAACCUGAUAGGACUCCAGCUGCCUGAUGACAAUGGUGAAGUACUGUACCUUGAUCCUAAUGAUCCUGCAGCACAGAUACUGUUACAGGAGGCAGGGAUCACAAUGGGUAGGUUUCCACAUACUGAUCAUUUAAUGAUCCAUUAGUUCAUGGAAUAGACU